GCUGAUUAAGCUCCAGAAUCUGGAUGAGUGGGUUCUCUUCUCUUAGAGGCCAUGAAAGGAGUGAUGUUUUGUGGUGCUUUUUAAUGAUGCAGCUACUGGUGUUCAAAGUAACCUGCUCAUUCAGGUGCUGAAAAACACCUAGGGAGACAGUGUGGUUCAUUAGAUUGGACUGCGACUUGAGAGCUUGGGUGAAAUCUUGGUGCCACUGAAGUCAAUACCAAAACUCUGGUUCUGUUUCUUGUUCUGCUGCUGACAAGCUGUGUGACCUUGGCUGGCCUCCAACAAUGUUGCCCCAAUUGUUUCACGUAGUCACAGCAAUAGCCUUUUUGCUGGUGACCAGCCAUGCUGGGGACCACCGUGAAGGAAUGCAGAGAAUCCCUGGCAAACCUGGACUGAAUGAAUUGCCUGCAAGAGAAGGAAAGCCUGGUUUAAAAGCAGACCCAGGACUGCGAGCAGGUCCCCCAGGGCCACCAAGUUCCAUGAGAGGUCCUCCCGGAAAAGAUGGGCUUCGUGGGCCACAAGGGCCUAGGGGUGAACGAGGCGAGAAGGGAGAGCGAAGGCAGCCUGGACAACCAGGCCUACCUGCUAUUCGUAAUCCUGAAUUAGAAGAAACCCUCAAAGGAUUCAAAAAUCAAAUUGCCAGACUAGAAGGAGUCUUUGCUUUGGAUGGGAACAUAACAUUUGGGAAAAAAACUUUUGCUACCAAUGGACAAGAAGUCGAUUUUGAGACCACACUGGAAGCAUGCAAACAGGCGGGCGGCUCCAUUGCAUCUCCCAGGAACAAGGGGGAGAAUGAUGCUGUUUUCAGUAUUGUGAGGUUAUUUAACAGAUAUGCCUAUCUGGGCAUUAAGAGAGGUGCAAUUCCAGGUAAAUUCAGUUUCCUGGAUGGAACAGCUGUAAAUUAUACAAACUUGCAUGCAGGUGGGCCCAGUAACAUAGGGGAAAAAAACUGCAUGGAGAUGUGCACUGACGGUGCCUGGAAUAGCACAAGUUGCAACCAGAACCGCCUCACUAUCUGUGAAUUUUAAUCCUUGCUCCUACCUUUCCUUCAACAUGUCGGACAUCUGUAGGGUCCGUUGAAUUCUUUCU